CGUGAACACGUUAUUUUCUCAGUAGAUUUUCCGGUGUAAUUUGAAGCUAAUAUUCAUAACUGUCUAUUAAGACAGUAAGCGGUUGAGAUGGCGACGAUGCAUGCACAUCCAGGUCACCCCGGCGGCUCGCGAAUGCCUGGUCCGCCACCGCUGACACCGUGGUCUCCGGACAAGAAACACAGUGACCGUGAACGGUGGGUUUGCGUCUAUCCUGCAUACAUAAAUCGGAAGAAAUCACGACAAGAAGGUCGGAGGCUUCCGAAACAGUGCUGCGUGGAUGAUCCAACACCACAAGAAAUUCGAGACGUGCUGGUUGCGCUGAAUAUGAACGUACUUGUUGAGCUGAAACAGUAUCCACGUGAAAGAAGCAGAGAACUCCAUUGCCGUGGACGGAUCCGGGUUCAGCUGCGUCAGGAUGACGGUACACCGUUAAACACGGAAUAUGCAACGAGAGAUAGCAUAUUGUUACACCUGGGCAAAAUGAUUCCACAGCUGAAAAGCAGACAAACGAAGGCCCCAGAACAGACGCAGGCGUCUACCUCAUCGAGCGCGGGACAUUCCCAAAAGAAAGGCAAAGGCAAACGUCGGUAAACGAACUUAGAAUGGACAUCAUGGAUAGGAUUUAAGCGCGCGAAACGAAUCAAGAAAUGCAUCUAACUGAAGGGAUACCAAGGUAACAAGUAGCUUUUGAAAAAAAAAAACACAU